AUGGACGUCGCUACGCUUUUCCCAGAAGCUUGUCUACCUCUGAGCUCUUCUAAAACAGUUAACACGAACAUACCAUUGGAGAAAAAGCAGUUGAAGUCUUUUGCUUCGGUGGUUUUCGAUAAUGUCUGUAACAUUACUCUAAGUCAAUUUCCCACUCCUUGCUUGAAAGGGGAUAGAUUGGCAAUUACAAUUCCAGAAGAAGAGUAUAAAUUGGGUGUAGAAGCAUGUAAACAUCACCUCCACGGUAGAGUUGUUUGGUCGAAAGGUGCGACCCCGCUAACUGUGGUAAAUCUGAGAAACAAGCUUCUGGAGCUUUGGCCGGCAAUCGGAAAGUGGGGAGUAACUUCCUUGGGCAAAGGGUUCUUUGAAUUUUCCUUCUCCUCCUUGGAGGAUGUUCAAAGAGUCAGAUCGGUUAGUGCUUGGUCUCUUCCACAAGGGAUCCUCAAGCUUUUUCCAUGGACAAAGGAUUUUGUUCCAUCAACUCUCAAACAAACUUCUGCUAAGGUUUGGAUAAGAAUCCAUGGUCUUUCACAGGAAUAUUGGAGACCAAGGAUAAUCUUUUCUAUUGCUAGUAGUAUUGGGACUCCAAUAUGUAUAAAUUCAGCUUCAAACAAAUCAGCUUUUGAGAGACCGUUUGGGCAUUUUGUCAGAGUGCUGGUGGAUUUGGAUCUCACUAAAGAAUUCUCGUACAAAAUCCUAGUGGAGAGGGUUGGGUUUACGUUUUUUGUUGAUAUAAAGUAUGAGAAAGUUCCUGAUUUCUGCUCUUUUUGCUCUUGCAUUGGGCACUCUAUUCACUCUUGCAAAAGAAAAGGAGUUGGUUAA